AUGAUGCCAUCUCGUCUCGUCCGCGCUUUGCCGCGUACUGCCCGCACCCCUGCUUUCAGAGUUCCCGGCGCCUCUUUCCGGAGAUGGAACUCCACCGAGGGUGAGAAGGUUAAGGGCCAGGUCAUUGGUAUCGAUCUGGGUACUACAAACUCGGCCGUCGCCAUUAUGGAGGGCAAGACCCCCAAGAUCAUUGAGAACGCAGAAGGUGCUAGAACAACACCCUCCGUUGUUGCUUUCGCCCAGGAUGGUGAGCGUCUGGUCGGUAUUGCUGCCAAGCGUCAGGCCGUUGUCAACCCUGAGAACACUUUGUUCGCCACCAAGCGUCUCAUCGGUCGCAAGUUCACCGAUCCCGAGGUCCAGCGUGACAUCAAGGAGGUCCCCUACAAGAUCGUUCAGCACACCAACGGCGAUGCCUGGGUUGAGGCUCGUGGUCAGAAGUACUCGCCAUCUCAGAUCGGUGGUUUCGUCCUCCAGAAGAUGAAGGAGACUGCUGAGAACUACCUCAGCAAGCCCGUCAAGAACGCUGUCGUCACUGUCCCUGCUUAUUUCAACGACUCUCAGCGUCAGGCUACCAAGGACGCUGGUCAGAUCGCUGGUCUGAACGUUCUCCGUGUUGUUAACGAACCCACCGCUGCUGCCCUUGCCUACGGUCUGGAGAAGGAGGCCGACCGUGUUGUCGCCGUCUAUGAUCUGGGUGGUGGUACUUUCGAUAUCUCCGUUCUGGAGAUCCAGAAGGGUGUGUUCGAGGUCAAGUCCACCAACGGUGACACCCACCUUGGUGGUGAGGACUUUGAUAUCCACCUGGUUCGCCACAUCGUCCAGCAGUUCAAGAAGGAUUCUGGCCUUGAUCUCUCCGGCGACCGCAUGGCUAUCCAGCGUAUCCGUGAGGCCGCUGAGAAGGCUAAGAUCGAACUGUCCUCUUCCCUGCAAACCGAGAUCAACCUGCCCUUCAUCACUGCCGAUGCUAGCGGCGCUAAGCACAUCAACCUGAAGAUGACUCGCUCUCAGCUUGAGUCCCUCGUCGACCCCCUGAUCAACCGCACCAUUGAACCCGUCCGCAAGGCUCUCAAGGAUGCCAACCUUCAGGCCAGCGAUAUCCAGGAUAUCAUCCUGGUUGGUGGUAUGACCCGUAUGCCCAAGGUUGCCGAGUCCGUUAAGUCCAUGUUCGGUCGUGACCCUGCCAAGUCUGUCAACCCUGAUGAGGCUGUCGCCAUCGGUGCUGCUAUCCAGGGUGCUGUCCUGGCUGGUGAGGUUACUGACGUUCUGCUGCUCGAUGUCACUCCCCUUUCCCUCGGUAUUGAGACCCUCGGCGGUGUCUUCACUCGUCUGAUCAACCGCAAUACCACCAUCCCCACCAAGAAGUCCCAGACCUUCUCUACCGCCGCUGAUUUCCAGACUGCUGUUGAGAUCAAGGUGUUCCAGGGUGAGCGUGAGCUUGUCAAGGACAACAAGCUGCUUGGAAACUUCCAGCUUGUUGGUAUCCCUCCCGCCCACCGUGGUGUUCCCCAGAUCGAAGUCACCUUCGACAUUGACGCCGAUUCCAUUGUCCACGUCGCCGCCAAGGACAAGUCCACCGGCAAGGACCAGUCCAUCACCAUUGCCUCUGGCUCUGGUCUCUCUGAUUCUGAGAUCCAGUCGAUGGUUGAGGAUGCUGAGAAGUAUGGUGAGCAGGACAAGGAGCGCAAGGCUGCCAUUGAGGCUGCCAACCGUGCCGACAGCGUCCUGAACGACACUGAGAAGGCUCUCAAGGAGUUCGAGGACCGUCUUGACAAGGCUGAGGCCGAGCAGAUCCGUGAGAAGAUCGCCACUCUGCGUGAGUUCGUUGCCAAGAACCAGUCUGGCGAGGGCACCGCCACCGCCGAGGAGCUCAAGCAGAAGACCGAUGAGCUCCAGACUGCCAGCUUGACCCUCUUUGACAAGAUGCACAAGGCUCAGUCCGAGCAGCAGCAGCAGUCUCAGGGCCAGCAGGGUGAGAACAAGGCCUAA